AUGUAUUAUUUAAAUUGUCUUUGUCAUUGUAUUAAUUAUGAGGAUAGUGAUAUUGAUCGCUUUACAAAUUAUUCGAAUUGGUCAUCCUUAUCUGAUGACGAAGAUCAAUUUGUCUUCUUUUUGGCUCUCAAUUUGAGUCCAGAUUUAUUUAUUGGCAAAAUAUUCUUUCCAAGUGAUCAACUAUGUCAUGAUGUACGUGGAAGAUUUUACGACAUCGAUGCAAUGAAUCAUCCGAUGCUGCUUACUCGAUCAUUGAUCAUUACAGGACGUAUUUGUGAAGUUAAAAGGAUUUUUGCUUUCAAACAAAUAUGGUUAAAAGAAUAUUAUCUUGAUCCAAUGAAAAGAUUUACACAAAAACUUUGUUUUCGACAACAAAAAGCAAAGAGAUUUUGUGUUAUUUCUUAA